AUUGCCCAUAUGGAGGCGCUAAAAUGGUGCUUUGAGCAGCCAGGUGCUUGGUGUCACACACUAAACCACCCCCCUGCAUUUCUCCCCGCUGUAAAGAGUUCCUAUUCGCCGUCAACAUGUCGGGCAGUAAGAAACCUCGCUCGGUGGCCAACACUUUGGAAACAGCCAUAACUACACCGAGCGAGAGAAUUCUCCAAGAAUGUCACACUCUGUACAUCGACACCGAAAACGGCCUUGUAAAAAUAGCCUCCAGACUCGGCCUGAGAUUACUACCCCCUCGAAAGAAGAUAAUAGUGAUGAUUAUGGGUAAUCACUCUGCUGGGAAAAGCUCCUUUAUUAACUGGUAUGUCGAGGAGCACAUUCAGAAAACAGGUGUUGCCAUAGAAACGCAAGGGUUCACGUUCAUCACCAGUGGAAGGAAACGAGAAUCUCUAACCGGCAAUGCCACACUGCAUCUUUACCCACAUUUCCGACCGCUCCUGGAGUUUAAAGGACUCAUGGACUACCUGUCUGCUGAAAUCUCCACCUCAAAGCAAAAGAAGUUCAGCCUGGUGACGUUUGUAGACACGCCCGGGCUGGUGGACGGAGACAUGGUGUAUCCCUUCGACGUCAACGCCGCCAUCACGUCUUUUGGCGAGCAGGCGGAUCUGAUCUUCGUGUUUUUCGACCCGAUGGGCCAGGCGCUGUGUAAGCGAACGCUCAACAUCGUGGAGAAGCUGAGCGAGAAAUCCGGAGACAAAUUACGCUUCUACCUCAGUAAAGCUGACGAGGCAGGACGUGAGACAGACAGACAGAGAGUAAUGAUGCAGAUAGUUCAAGAGCUGUGCCGCAGACCAGGACUCAACAAAUGCGGCUUUGAAAUGCCGACCAUAUACAUCCCCGAUCCGCUGAGACUGAGCAGGUGCGUGAAUCAGAUCGACGAGGUGUGCGAGACAAUAGAGAAGAGCAUUAACCAGGCAGUGCAGAAGACCUUGGACCAGCUGGAGAAAGACUGUGACCUCGUCGCCUCCUCCAUCAGCAAUAAGCUAGAGCAGGACAGGAGAAACGUGAGUAAUAAUAAGAACAGCCGCUUUAACUCCUUCCUCUGCGGGGUUCUGGCCAUCUUCCUUCCCGCUGUCUUCGUCAUCAGCUUUCUCAUCAAUACAUUUGUCCCGGAGGAGCUGGGAGCCCUGGUGGGGGAUGGGCUCGCCGUAACGCUCUACAGAACUUCGGGAAUAGUGCUGUAUCUGUGGGAAUGGAUCCCUGAAGACAGCCAGGUGGUGGCCGUGAUCAUCUUCGGCGCGACGUGCUACUUUUUCCUCUUCCUCGCCAGGUAUUUCGCACGCCAGAGCAGUAAAACUCUCACCAAGAAAGAGAAGAAGAAUCUGAUGGAGUGCAGUGACUAUGUUAAGGAUGUCCUCAAAGCUAAAAAGAAGAAACUCUACGAAGAAUAUUUGAAGCAGUGCGCAGCCGAAUGCGACUUCAACUGAACACGUACAGAGCAAUGUGGACGACUCAUGAACAGCGGGAAUUUCAUAGCAGGAAAAUGUAGCAAGCACACCUUCAGGUUCAGUCUUAUGACCGUUCGCUAUAAGCGCAUAUUUAUCAUGUGUGGAAUAUAUGUCGUUCUUACAUGUUGUGUAGGGGUCAGUCGGAUGUACUCCAGCUUCAUAAGUGAUCAAAAAAAUCCUCAGUGCCUUUUUUUUUUUGUUUGUUUAACGUGAGCGAAUGAUCUCGAGAACUUAACACCAGCCUGUAUGUAUGUUUCCUGUGUAUCUAUUUAAUUCAGCCAGCAGAAUAGUAUUGUUUACAAUAAGUCAAUAAGCUGCACUGAUUCAGUGACUCAAAGUUUCCGUGUAUAUUUAGAGCCGGAUCGCGACGUAAGUAGGCUUGAAAAGCCGAUGUGUCCAUGUGAACAUGUUCCUGAAGACAGGAUUUGCUUUUUCAGCCACGUAAAUGAUCAACUGUGACUUCGACUUCAGACUUGCUACUAAUUUUUAUUUUAUAUUUUUUUUUUUUUUUAGAAAUUGUGAAAAUUUACAUCCCAUCAGACAUAACGUUAAAACCACCUGCUCUAUAAUAUUGUGUAGGUCCAAAACAGCUUGUGCAACCAAAACAGGUCUGACCGGUCAAGGUCUGGCCUCCACAAGACCUCUGAAGGUGUGCUGUGGUAUCUGGCACCAAGUCGCUAGCAGUAGAUCCUUUAAGUCCUCCGUGGAUCGGACUUGUUUGUCCAGCACAUCCCACAGACGCUCGAUCGGAUCGAGAUCUGGGGAAUCUGGAGGCCGAGUCAACACCUUAAACUUUGUCAUGUUCCUCAAACCGUUCCUGAUCCACUGUUGCAGUUUGGCAGGGCGCGUCAUCCUGCUGAAAGAGACCACUGUGAUUAGGGAAUACGCUGCCGUGAAGGCGGGUACUUGGUUUGCAGCAGUGUUUAGUUAGGUAGUACGUGUCAAAAUAACCACUCAUCCGCAUGAAUGCCAGGACCCAGUCGUCUCGAGAUCACAAUUUGGCCCUCAGAUCAGAUCCUAAUGCUCGCCCUGCAUCCAACACAUCAGCUUCAACAACUGAUUGUUCACUUGCUGCCUAAUAUAGCCCACUCUUUGACGAGAUCUUAUUCACCUCACCUGUCAGUGGUUUUAAUGUUAUGGCUGGUGUAUGUGUGUCAGGGUUUUCCUAUAUUAUGCUGUGAUCUUGAUCUUGAAGCAAAAUCCAAGUCGUUUUACUUUGCUUGUAUAAGAAUAUUAUAGGAAAUUCUGUAUUUUCUAUAAUAUGUAUCGGUGUCUAACGAUAGUGUGAUCCAGGCUCAUUCAGAAAGCGGGCUCAUAUAAAUAAUCAGUCAGAGUGAGCUUGGCGUAAUAAGGAUAUUUAUUUCUGUUUAUUAGCAUGCUUCAUUUGCGUUUCGCCAUUGCUACUGGUUUAUUUUCGUAGCCAUCUUGUGAGUGGAGUAAUCCUAUGUCGUCCUCUUAUUGGUGGUUUUAAGAUGAGCGUCAUAACCGCACUCACAAUCACACACAGAUUUGAACUGCAAAUUUAUGACACUUGCAGAACUUUGUCGUUGAGUGCCUUUGGAUCACCUCAUGAGCCAAGAAUAAUUCUUUUUAUCUGUCUGUGACAGCAAAAUCAGGACGAAAAACACACGGUGUAAAAAAAAAAAAAAAAAGCACAAUUUAUAAACACACCGUUUUUGUCUGUAGUUAUAGUGUUAAUCCUUGUAUCGUGGCUUCAUGGAUUUGGGGGUUUAUUUAGUCCCCUUGCACUGCUGAUUUCAGAGUUUCCUGCUCGUUAUAUUUAAGGAUGUCCCAUUCCACCAUUUGUUGUUUUUAAAAAAAAACUUUUUAUAUGAUACCAAUAUCAGAACUCAGAGCCAGUAUCAGAACCCACACCGAUGCCAAUCCAAUCCCGACGUCCUUUAGUAAGGAAGCAGACUAAUUUAAGAGAAACCUUCGAGGUGUGACUUUAAACUUAACCCUGUGUCCUGUGUAUGUGCCGUAUCGGUAUCGUAUCACAGCAUCGUACUAAACCAGUAGGUUUCCAGAACUAUAGCACAAAGGCGUCAUACAUUCAUCAUUAGCUUUAUACGGCUUUUCGUAUAAACAACAUGACACAUAAUUGUUCACAUAAUGACAUGAAGAAGCGAGAAGUGAGGCUGGGGCUGAUUUCUUUCUAGCCCAGACUGUCUAUCGGUGAUGGCUGUAUCAGGGGAUUACACGGCGUGGAACAUCUCUUAGAUUUGAUCCGCACUUGGGCUUGAUUAAUGCAGCCUGGCACAUCGGCACACAUCACGGGUCUUCUCGCCAAUGGAUCGAAUCUAAAACUCCACUUCAGUAUUGGUCCUCAUUACCAGUGCAGUGCAGUGCAGUGGGACUAAAUCAGCAAAAGUGAGAAAUAUCUAUCUGUUAUCAACUCAUUCAUUUACAUUAGUCACGAUUUUCUCAAUAAUAAAGAAAAAGCAGUUUAAGACUGUUUUUAUUAGGCUCACAAAUCAAAUAACAUCGUCACCAAAUAAGCUGUUAUGUGUAGUGUUUAUCGUUGGCUAGUAUUUUAGGUAUUGGAUCAUUUUUUCCUGAUCAGCUGUCAACUUUGUGAAAAUGCACUUUUCUAGACGCAUUUUCGAAUCCUCCCUCCUUUUAUAACGGUGCUGUCUAAUUUAUUAAACGUCUCCUAGAGGCGAAUCGUUCUGAUGCGUUUGUAAGUUUUAGACUUGCUUCAUUUCGAAAUAAUUAAAACCUCAUUUUUGGUGAAAAAUGUCUUUCGUACUGAACUGACAAAGCUCUGCUCCAUUAUUGUGACUCUUUUGUCUUUUGUAUUGUAACUGCUGAUGAAGUAAAUCAUUUAAAAACGAAUAUUACCCUGGUUGUGUUGUUGAAUCUUUUGACUUAAUUAAUGGCCACUUAUGCAGUGUUCAAUCACUCAGAUGUUAACUGUUUUUAAUGAAUUAAAUGAAUGAUGUGA